UGUCAGUUAACUGCGAGAGAAGGCCACGCUAAAAUUGGCGUAGUCGGCAGGAUUACCUGGAUGGCAACGAAACCGGUGGUGUUGCCCGAGCCCUACGAUGGGAAAUCGUCUUGGGGUGAUUGGAAGCUCCAUUUCGAGGACGUUAGCCGCAGUCAACGAAUGGAAUGCUGGACAGAAACUCAAGUGGCUACGUGUCCGCCUAACUGGUCGAGCGCAGCAAGGCGUUCCACCGCCUACCAGGAGAAAGUCAGGCCUCUUAUGAUGCCGCUACAAGAGCCCUGCAGGAGAGCUGUUCCUUUCGUUCUAAUGCUCUGGCUGUUUCAGAAACAAACCUUGCAGCACUUAUGGUUCUUCUAUGGCAGCAUGCAUACCUUGUGCAUGAGAUGACAUGUGUCAUGUGAAUCUAAGAGUGUUAGCUUCUCUCUGCUGGCACCCUGUUUGCUAUGGAGACAUGCUCUAGUGAAUUGUACGGAGUCUGUCUUGUGCUUGGAGCCAUAAACUUAACCACUUGCAGGGUUGUGGCACUAUCGAU